AUGAUCAACGUCGAUCCGCCAACUGGAAACUAUCCGGCAACUGGAGGCAAUUCGACGCACAACAUCACUUCCGAAUCGGAUUCCCGUCUUGCAUUCAAGGUGAAGUCGUCGAACAACGAGCACUACCGCGUCCGUCCAGUUUAUGGGUUCGUGGAUGCAAAGGGAAAGAGCAAAUUGGACAUCAAUCGUCUUCCAGGGCCACCAAAAGAAGACAAAAUUGUGAUUCAAUACGCGGAAGUGCCAGCCGAAGAGACUGAUCCAAUGGCACCGUUCAAGGCUGGAGCUCAACAAGGAGAAAUCAUUGUGAAGCUCAUCGCUGCUUGA